AUGAAACAAUAUCUUCUUCUUGUUAUUAUUAGUGUCGCCGCUCUCUUUAGCUCAGUUAAUACUGAAGACAAUUGUACACAACAAUCAAAUCAAGGUUGUUCAGCAUGUGUGAAUGUACAUGGUUGUGCUUAUUGUACGACUACCAAAGUUUGUUCUACCUAUCGUUUUGAAAACACAUUCGAUCGAUCAUGUGACAUAUCUGAUAUGAAAUAUCAAACAUGUGUUGGUUCUUUUCGAACUUGGAUUAUUGUUAUUUCUGUUCUUGCCGGUGUUCUUGUACUUGCUAUAAUUAUUACUAUUUGUUGUGUAUGUCACAAAUGUAAACGUCGUUCUAUUCGAAAAGAACAAAGUAGACAACAACGUGACGAUCAAAGAAUGGCAGAACGAACACAACAACAACAAACUGCAGCUGAAGCUCGAACGGCUGAACGAGCUCGAGUAGCCGAUAAUAUCCGUAUGAAAUAUGGUAUGCUUAAAGACAAAGAUAAUGCUACGGAUUAUUCACGUAUGCCAUAA